AUGACGAAUACGUCGGCUCCGCCUUCGGAGCACUCCCUCGAGUCCGAGCCAGUCGACCUAGGAUCGACACCCCAGUCUCUCGCACGCGCCGUCCACGCCAGACGAGCCGAAUAUGUCCGUCCGCACAAGAUACGAGUCAAGAUUGGCACGUGGAACGUUGCCGCCUGCACCGGCACGGAUAAGGACCUGGCGAGCUGGCUGGUCGCCGGCGGUGGCCUCGACAAGAGCUUCGCACAGAUGGACCUCUCGCGCAACACCGCAGUCGAGCACAGAAGGUUGGAGUCGGCAGACGAAGAUGCAGACUCGGUGCACUUGAUUGGCGGCAACGAGAUCGGCCUCUACGUACUGGGUCUGCAGGAGGUCGUGGAUCUUAGCCUUACGAGGGACUACGUGAACCGCACCGUCUACACGGACAAUUCGCCCAUGGACCGCUGGCAGGCCGCAAUCGAAGCAGCCCUGCCCCCGGGAUACGAACGAAUUGCCGCCGAGCAGAUGACCGGGCUUCUCCUGCUCAUAUACGCAUCCCCCGAAAUUGCGCCCACGAUUACCAAUGUCAGCACCAAACAGGUUGGGACUGGAGUGCUGGGGUAUUUCGGCAACAAAGGCGCCGUCACCACCAGGAUUGUCCUUGGAGAGACAACUCGGAUGGUGUUCGUCAACUGCCACUUGGCAAGUGGUGCCGGCCCAUCGUAUCUCGACCGUCGGUGCUGGGACGUGGGCCAGAUCCUUUCCAAGACCCAGUUCGACCCGGUGGUGCAUUCCGGCGUGGCCGAGGACGACGGCGAGAAGAUCGGGGACGAAGACUUUGCCUUUUGGUUUGGGGACCUCAACUUCCGCCUCGACGGGCUGCCGGGAGAAGACAUCAGGAGGCUGCUGACUCUGCAUACUCGAGGCGAGUACGACUUGACCAGCGGCAAGCCUCCCGCACCGCUGGAGGGCGAGGGCGUUAUCGUCAUGAAGAACUCGGACAGUGAUGACGACGACACCACGAUACCUGCGUCCGUCCACUCGGCGGAGCAGAGCUUCGACUCGGAGACAUCCCUCCCUGACCCCGACGAUUUCCCCGAGGAUCCAAGCCAGGAUCCGACGUCGCUGCAAGCAACACUCGACUCUCUGCUACCACAUGAUCAGCUCCGGCGGGUCAUUGCGCAACGCAAGGCCUUUGAAGACGGAUGGAGAGAGGGUCCCAUAACAUUCCUUCCUUCCUACAAAUACGAUGUCGGGACCGUUGGCCUGUUUGACUCUAGUGAAAAGCGACGCUCUCCAAGCUGGUGCGAUCGUAUCCUGUAUCGCACUCGCAGGGAUAAAACGGAUCACGACAAGCGCAUGGAGGAAGAAAAGGCUGCCAAGCAAAAAGACGAGGAGAUGAAGUCGCGGGGACUGGAGGAAGAUGACGACGUUCUGUUCAGCUACGAUCCAGACACAGACGCCGACGACCAGGGUGCCGGAAACCCCGGCCUGGACUAUGACGAGUACGACGAGGCGGCUGACAACCAGGAUCAAGCUGGCGAAGUCAUGACAAAGGAGGGCUAUGUGGAUCGCAUCAGCCAAGACAUUUAUACGUCGCACCAGCGCAUCACAUCCUCCGACCACAAGCCCAUAAUAUCCGUUUUCACGCUAGAGUACGACGCUGUUGUGCCAGAGCUCAAGGCAAGAGUGCACGCUGAAGUGGCCCGCGAACUUGACCGAGCAGAAAACGAGGGCCGACCCGGGAUCACCGUCGUUGUCGAAGGCAACAAAGAUAGCGACAAUGCCGUCGACUUUGGCGACGUCGCCUUCUUGGAGCGAAAAAAUGCCAUUGUGACGAUUGCCAACACCAGCGGUGUACCGGCGACCUUUUCCUUCGUGGAAACGCCAACCACGGAGGAGGGCGAAUGCGCAUGCUUGUCUUGGCUGAAAACCUCCUUCAUCCGACCGGAUGAAGAAAUGAACGAUAAGUUGGGACGGACAGUGACAUUGGAGCCCGGAGAAACGGUCCUCGCACACAUUGAAGCCCACGUGUCAACCAUUUCCCACCUCAGAUCGCUCAAUGAUGGGCAGGCCAAGAUCGAGGAUGUGCUGGUGCUUCGGGUCGAGGACGGCCGGGACCACUUCAUACCUGUUCGUGGCACAUGGCUUCCUACCUGUUUCGGAAGAUCUAUCGACGAGCUGAUUCGUGUCCCGGAUGGAGGCAUCAGGAAGUUCGUGUCUGAUAGGGGUAUCACGGGCGCCAUCCCGUACGAUUCGGAUGUCCAUUGCUCGGCGCCCAAGGAGCUUUUCAAGCUGACCGAGGCGAUCCAAACUCUGGCAGAGCGGUGUGUUGCCGACGAGGCUAUGCUGGAGGACAUGAAGCUGCCGCAGGAUCCAGGGUGGCCCCUUGACGCAUCGACGUGGUCCGCCGGAUUGAUGGAGCAAGAUGCGAUCAAGGCCGGGAUCGUGGCUGCCCUGGAUACGGAUGUGUCCAUCUUCGAAGCAAUGCCUGUGGAGCUUUCGUCGGCGCACAAGUUGGAGCUACUGUCGGCCGUGCUACUUCUCUUCCUGGCCUCGCUCGUCGACGGGCUUGUGCCACCACACCUUUGGGCAAAGCUUUCAACAUGCCUCCCGAGCCUUACCUCGCUGCCUGCAACAGCUUGGCCUGACGUUAAGAACCAGGUACUGGACGUUCUGUCGACUGCUCCCAACCACAACAUUGCGUUCGUCUUCCUUACCUCGACGGUGUCGCGGAUCGCAUCCGAACUCAGCUCGGCCAUGACCGCCGACUCGUCGCCGAGCCUCAGCCGGCGUCUUAGCUUUCGCAAAAGUGACGGCGACGGCACAAGGCGACGACGUAUUCGAGAAAAGCGAUAUGCAGAAAUCAUAGGCCCGCUCGCCUUUCGAGGCAACGAAAAGGACCGCGGCAUGAAAGAAAAGGAGCGCAUCGUCAUCGAAAUGUUUCUCAGACGGGAAGCUGACGGCUAG